AUGGCUGGCCCUGACUACUGGAGAAAUAUCCUCGUCGUGGUGCCGAUCGUGGGAACGUCUGUAGCCACCAUCGUCUAUCUGCUGCGACUGUCCUGUCGCUAUCUGUCUGGUACUCAUAUCAAAGCGGAAGAUAUCUUGAUGGGAAUUGGACUCUUCUUUACCUAUGGCGUGACGGGCUGUCAUGUCGUCCGCAUUCAGCGGCAUUGGCGAGUCCAUUCGAAUCUCCCGGAACAUCUUCGAAUGCGAACAGCUUUGGUCGCCUGGCUCGCUCAGAAAUUCUGGCCUCCCGCCCAAGUGUUUGUCAAAACGUCGAUUGUCAUCUUCCUGCGCAGGCUCUUAGGCACCAUCGAUGGGUUCCGGCACAUCGCGACAGGAGUCAUCGUCUUUUCCAUCGUGUGGGGAUCGACCGCCAUCAUCGGGAAUACGUUUCAAUGCUGGCCGCCGCAGUAUUUCUUCGUCAAGCAUAUCGAGGGCCACUGCAUGGCUGGGCAGAAUAUCUUCUUCAUUGUCAUGGGGUCACUGUCGCUGGCUGAGGAUGUGGUCAUUCUGUGUCUUCCCAUGCCGGUUGUCUGGAAGUUGCAAAUGGCAACACGGCAGAAGAUUGAAAUGACCAUUAUCUUUUCGAUUGGGGGGCUAGUGUGCGCCUUCAGUCUGUUACGAUUAAUCUAUUUCCGCAAGUACCGCACAGACGAUAUAUCCGGAACCGCUGCCCUCGAAUCCAUCUGGACGAUCCUCGAGCUCGACGUCGCCAUCAUCUGCGGCUCCAUCCUGCUCAUCAAGCCGCUCUUCCAGGCCUGCCCUCAUGAUCAACAAGCCAGACUCCAUCUUCACCGGGGCAAGUCACGAUCUGUGUUCCGGGAUCCGGUCGGAGAUAUGCACCACCCCGACAAUGGAGCGGAAUGA